AUCCCCGAUUCUCAGCUGUCAGAACAAAUAAUCACACCGCGAUGUUUAUUUGUCCACUGGUGGAAAAACAAAAGUUGCAGCGAGUUUAAAGAGUGUGAGCUCGUGCGCACAUUCCUUCGAGGAUUGCAAAAGAAAAGGGGGAGUUGUUUUACAGGGAUUAAUUAAUCUCUGUGCUUUUUCACGUGAGAGAGACUUUAUAAUAAGACGACAUUUGGAAAGAAAGCUUGAUACCAGGCGAGGCAGAAGACUUGUGUUGUGCAGAGCUGUUUUCGUGCGUGCAAACAUGGGAACCUACACAUUACCUGAGGGAUUCACCGAGUUUGAUAUGUUUGCAUUCGGCUCUGCACUUCUUGUUGGAGGCCUGCUGGGGUUCUUCCUCAACAUCAUCAGCAUCCUGUCCUUCCUCACUGUGAGGGAGAUGAGAACCCCCAGUAACUUCUUCGUGUUCAACCUCGCUGUGGCCGACAUUUGUUUAAACAUAAAUGGACUCACAGCUGCUUAUGCCAGCUAUCUCAGGUAUUGGCCAUUUGGUCAAGAUGGUUGCAGUUUUCACGCUUUCCAGGGAAUGAUUUCAGUGUUGGCCUCCCUCAGUUUCAUGGCUGUAAUCGCCUGGGACAGAUAUCACCAGUACUGCACUAGACAAAAGCUUUUCUGGAGCACAACUCUGACAAUUAGUGGCCUCAUCUGGAUCCUGGCCAUCUUCUGGUCCGCCCUGCCACUCAUGGGAUGGGGCGUCUAUGACUUUGAGCCGAUGAGGACGUGCUGCACGCUGGACUACACCAGAGGAGACAGGGAUUAUAUCACCUACGUGCUAAGCCUGGUGUUUCUUUACCUGAUGUUCCCAUCUAUCACCCUGAUUUCGUGUUAUAACUCCAUCUACAAGCAAUUUAAGAAGGUCCAUCAUCACAGGUUCAACACCAGUUUGCCCAUGAAGGUAAUGCUGAUGUGCUGGGGCCCCUACAUCCUCAUGUGCAUCUAUGCCUGCUUUGAAAAUGUGAAAAUCUUCUCCCCAAAACUGCGCAUGUUACUUCCAGUUAUUGCAAAGACAAAUCCCUUCUUCAAUGCUCUCUUCUACGCAUUUGGAAAUGAGUUCUACCGAGGCGGCAUUUGGCAUUUCCUCACAGGACAGAAGAUUGUCGAGCCAGACAUCAAGAAGUCAAAAUAAAAGAAGAACCUMAGUGUUCUAACAUUUAAGAUUUUCCUUUGCCUUUACUAUAGGUUCUUAAUGCAUAUUUACUACUAAUGUUGUAAACUGAACAAUGAUAAACCAUUUCUGAUGAUUGUACGGUUAGUUUCUCCCACAUUAGGACAGUAGACGAAGCUCAGGAUUGUGUUUUUGUCUGCAGCUUUWACACCUCGUGCUGGAUUGGUGCAAUUUAAACUUCUUUUUCCAGCAGCUUGUCUUUGUGCUUCGCCUCCGUCCAAGUUUAGCUCUGUUAAAAACAAACAGCGCUGCUUGUCUGCGUUGUUUCAUGAUGCACUUGGUGACGCCAUUCCUAUUUAAGAGGAGGAAGCUUUAACUGUGUUAAGACUAUAAUACGCAAUUACACUACACUUUCACCUGGGGCAAAGUGAGUCUAACCACUUCCUCAUAGAGUGGCUGAUUACUGAUGGGCCUUCCCCUGGAAUUAAUCACUAAUAAUGUUUUACUUUUUGUAAUAUCUCGUACUUUACCUACAUAUAAAUUUGUAUUUAGCUUCUUUUUAAUGUCAGUUUUUACACAUUACACAAGCAGAGGCCUUUCUAAUAAAGAGAAUGGAAUACUAGUUUAUUCUUUUCACAGACACGAGUAAAGAAAUGUGAUUAUAUUUUAAGAUUUGAUGCAAAGUGAGACAUCCAAAACCUUAAAAUCAACAGUAGGAAACUGAAAAAUACAACAUAAGUGUGUGGGAUUUAAUCUCAGCUGACUCUCCGCUUAAAUAUUCUUUGUUUCUUUUUCUGCAGUCCUGGYGUUYUCUCUCUCCCUCUCUCUCUUUUUUAAAGUAGGGCACAGAAAUGGGUUUUAAACUGCCAAUUCCGCCCACUCCAUAAAUAGCCCACAGUGGGGCAGUCUUCCACACAAACUUCAGGAGGGCAGUCAUCAGCAGGUUAAAUCCACUCUGUGAAAAUGUCGGYUCAUCUCAUCAGAACUAUGAUGUCCUGAGCAGCAGUCAUGCAGUUUUAGUUCAAUAUUUAAACCAGGAAUUAAACUGAUGCAAGAAAAUUGACCACAUUUGUAUAGGUUGGGUGAUGUGAUCUCACCUGUACUUAUAUGUUGCUACAAAUAAAAAAAAGCAGUAUUGUGUCCUCAUUA